AUGGCCGAUUGGGGCAGGGGUUCUUAUAUGCCGGAAAGUCUUCCCUUAGUCUACAGAUGGUUUAAGCUAAUGCAAAGGAAAGGUCAGGACUUUCUGAAGCUGUUGGAUAACGUUAAGAACUUUGUCUUUCGCCCUUACGGCACCUCGGCAGAGACCUUCACCUUCGUGCCCUUUUAUGCUGAUGUCAGUGACACCGUUGAGGUUCCAGCGGCCAUGUCGCAAAGCAGCCAGUUCAAAAAGUAUGCCAUGUUGAAUGUUACUCCUAUUCCGCUGCUUACUCUUGGAGACAGUCGCUCGGAGAUUUCUGUACCUUACUCACCUUAUCGGGUUAGGCGGCAGUUUGGGCUUGAUCAAGGAGUACCGAGCACUAGCAAGAGGAGGAUUGGUGGCUUCUCCCGAGGUUACCAAGCUUACUGGAACUGCUGCCUCGCCUCCUUGCGUGAAUUCCAAUCUUUUCCUGGAGAUAGAUUGCUUCCUACAACAGCUCAUCUUGCCGGCUUGGUGUUGGAAGAGAAAGCCAUCCCUCUAAGCCAAAAACGCAAUUUGCCUUUUAUUUCCAAGAGCGGUGAUAUCGUUGGAGAAUUUCCUAAGACAAAGCCAAAGCCGGGAGUACAGAGUCCUUGUGGUUCCGGGAAAAAUGCAACACUAGUGUCAGGUGAAUGGAAGCGAGAGGAGGAGCAGAAUGUGAAGGAGAAGCAGAUUGCCCGUAAACCCAAAAGGUUUAUUCCAAAGGUAGCCCCAAGUGGCCCUCCUCAAACCAAAGAAGGAACUCCCCCAUAA